UUCUUCUUAGCUCUCUCGAGCUUCUUCUCUUCGAAAUUGAUUUUGGGCUUCUUUUUUUUUUUAUUAGAGCUUCUUCGAAAGCUCUCUCAAUCAUUCUCUCUUCUGUUACGGUGAACACGCCGAUCUCCCCUUUUGACUUCCAGAUCUUCCCCUACUCUCCUCUCCGAUUCCGUUUUAACUCAUGAUUUCACCACUAACUCCCCUAAUCAAACCUUAAUUCAUCUCAUUCAAUGGAUUCUUUUCAACUUCCUCACCAUUUUUCUAAGUAUAAAUCUCUUCUCUUUGCUUUUAUGUCGAUCAAAAUUGAAAAGCUUUUCUCAGACAAGCAACACGAUGGAACCCAAAGGAAGCUCUUCGAUCUCCAGCGACCGCAAGACCAACAAGAUGACCCUCGCCUCCUCCGCGCAUGCAAGGCCAAACCGGAAGUCCACCGCAUCCUCCGCCAUGGUGAUGAAACCUAACGGGAAGUCUGCUGUUUCAUCUGCCAUUCUGAUGAAACCAAACGCUUCUACCGCUCCCUCCUCCGCGCAUGGCGAUCAAGUGAUGUUCUUCAGAGAUGUUUCACUCAGCCCAACUGAAGCCGAUUUGAGGUUUCGACUGAUUCAUUUAUGGGAGGCUCGAAAUCCAAGCACGAAAACCCUCAUUGGACAGGAGAUGAUCCUUAUCGACGAAGAGGGAACUGUUAUUCAGGGUUUUGUACCUGCUGGGCGGGUUGGGACGUAUGAACUGGAACCAGGUUCUGUCUAUAAUCUGAGGAAUUUUUUUGGCUCCAAGAACAAGGCUCAGUAUCGGGUUACGGAUCAUAGCGCCACCGUUACAUUCGCUUGGAAUUCUAACUUAUCGAUUCUUGAUAACCCUCCGGUUCUAAUUCACGAAGAUAGAUUCAGAUUCCAUAGCUACGACGAGUUUCAGGCCAACUGUGACCCCAAAGUUGAUCUUUAUGUUGGUGAAUGGGCAGACUAUCACUGAGCAUAUGGUCCUCGACGAAGUCGACAUAGCAGAGAGGCGACAUCUAUGUGUUCAUGUUCAGACACAUGAUGGACCGGUGAUGAAGCUUUAUCUAUGGGACAAGGCUGCAUCUGACUUCUGCGAGAAAUUCAAAUCUUAUGGAAGCACUCCACGCGUUCUGUUGGUCACCACAGUAAACCCUAAACAUCUUGGAGGAACCCUUGCUCUCACUUCGAUGGUAUCAUCUUGAGUGUUUAUGGAUAACGAUGUCCAGCCUAGCAGGGAUUAUCUUGGAUGGCUGAGCUCCAACUCAGAUCUUGCUAAUAAGAUUAAUGCAGAGGUUGUUAAUAAGCCUGAGACAGCGACUCUAGAGGAACUUUUCGCCUACAUCAAACAAGAGACUGCUAAGGUUGCUUGGUUUGAAUGCACAGCGACUAUAGAUGAUGUUCUUCCGGGUUUUGCUUGGUAUUAUAUCUCAUGCGGUGGGUGUAAUAGUAAGGCAGUCAAAGGGCCUAACUCUCUGAUUUGUAACAACAAGAAAUGUGGGAAAAGUGAUGUUACGGGCGUUGCUCAAUACCUCACGAGGAUUUCUGUUUACGAUAAGAGUGAGCAGGCAGUUUUUGUCAUUCUUGGUGAUGCUGGCAAGGAGCUGACUGGGAAGCAUGCAUCAGAAUUAGUUGCCAGUUACUUUGAGGCUAAUGAGGGUGUAGUAGCUGAUCAUUGCGUGCCGGUACCGCAAGCUUUACUUGAUACAAUAGGGCACACUUAUAGAUUCAUUCUGAAAGUCUCAGAUCAUAAUUUAUCAAGGAAUACUCAAACCAUAACUGUCACAAAGAUACUCCCACCAGCAGCUCCACAGCCUAUAGCGGCCUUGGAAGAACACGCUGUUCCAUCGACGUCUGAUGAUAUCCUGAAGACUGGAGGUGACAGAGUUAGGCAAGCAUCUGAGAGUCUUGAAUCAGCUGAAGCCAAGCGCUGCAAGAAUGGCUGAUAUAGCUUCGACAAUCCUCUUACGCAGUGAUUGAUUUUGCUACAGUUUGAGUUUUGUUUUUAUGU